CCAGCCUCAGAGGCAGGGGUGACACCUCGGGUGUGUUCGCUUGUUUCCAAGAGCCUGUGUGGAGGCCAAGGCUCGUGCGGAGUUAACGGAGAGCUGGGGGAGGACCAUGGAGAACCAUCAGAAACUGGCAGAAAAGCUCACCAUCCUGAAUGACAGGGGGAAUGGGGUGCUGAUACGCAUGAACUACAUCAAGAAGAUCUGUGCAGAUGUCAAGCUGCGGCCACCCAUCCUUACAGACAAGAUUAUGGAGCCCGCCAUUAAAUAUAUCACCAAGAAAUUCCCAAACAUUGACUUUCGGGGAAACAUUCAAAGUCUGAUCAGCAUCCAGCGACAAAAGUCUGAAGUGAUGGAAGCCACAACAAGCUACUAUGACUCCUUUCUGGACGUCAUAGAGUUCAGGGACCACGUCUAUGAGUUACUGAACACCAUAGAUGCCAGCCAGUGUUUCUUCGAUAUUACCAUAAACUUUGACUUCACCAAGAGCUACUUGGACCUGAUCAUCACAUACACUUCGGUUAUCGUUACACUGGCGCGCAUCGACGAGAAGAAGGCUCUGGUCGGUAUGUUCAACUGCGCUCAUGAGAUGACCAAAGGAAGCAGGGACCCCUCAUACCCACGGCUCAGCCAGAUGUUUGUGGAGUAUGAGCAUCCCUGGAAGAAGCUCACUGAGGAGUUUGGCCCUCACACUAAGUUGGUGACGGCUGCUCUGCUGUCUCUGAGGAUGAUCUACCCGCGGAGGAACCUGCCGGUGGAGCAGUGGCGGAGCGCCCAGCUGCUGAGCCUGCUCAAUGCUUCGGCCACCAUGUUGGACCCGGCCUGCUGUGCCACUAUGGCAUGUGAAUAUCUGUCUUUGGAGGUAAUGGAGCGCUGGAUCAUCAGUAAGUGCUCAUCCCACCUAAGAAUGACCACAAUUAGUGUUAUUCUUUUGGUGAAUAAUAACACAAUUUUGGGGGAUAAUAAUUUAAACGCUGCAGUCUUUGUCCCCGCAGUCGGCUUCCUCUUGUGCCACAGCAGCCUGAAUAGCAACCCGUCCUCGCAGGAGCUGUGGAAAAUGGCCCUGCGGAGCGGCCUGUACAUCACUGUCACAAGGGACGAGCUGCUUAGCAUACACAAAGUCUCCGAGGACCUCUUUGACGGCAUCAAAGGAUAUGGCAAGCGAGUUGCAGACAUCAAGGAGUGCCGUGAUCACGCCAUAGCCCACAGUGGGGCGCUGCAUCGGGAGAGAAGACACUUUCUCCGAGGAGCCUUGAAGGAGUUGGCAACAGUUCUGGAAGAUGAACCGGGACUGCUGGGACCAAAGGCUCUAUUUGUCUUCAUGGCCCUGUCCUUCUCCCGUGAUGAGGUCCAGUGGCUCGUGCGACACUCUGAGAACAUGCCCAAAAUAAAACAACCCGAGGACUAUAUUGACAAUCAGAUGGCAGAGUUGCUUUUCCAUAUGGAGAAACUAAAAGGACUUAUGAGAAAAUACCACUAUGUAGUGCAACGCUACCACAUACAGUACCUGGCUCAGUUUGAUGCCUUGGUUCUCAAUGACACAAUACAGAACAUGCACGUGUGUCCAGAAGAGGAAUCUGUUCUGCUGAGUUCUUUCGUUUCAACCCUUUCUGUGCUUUCGGUGAAACAAGUAGAGAGCAAAGAGGAGUUUGAUUUCAGGGCUGUGAGAUUGGACUGGCUGAGAUUGCAGGCCUACACGAGCGUGAACAAGGCCCCUCUGCUGAUCAAGGACUACCCGGACUUGGCCAAGGUGAUGAACAUGAUCCAGUUCCACACCAAGAUGGUGGAUGCUACGGAAGAACUCCUGCAGGAGACAUCAAACGUGUCAAUUUUCUGUUUCUACCCGCGAGUGUUCGAGAAGAUGUUUUGCCAGAGCAGCGAACAGAUGACGAUGAAAAGAUACCUCAUGGCUUUCCCUUCUGUCUGCUCCCAUUUCCACUGGUGUCGACACACUCUGUGCCCUGAAGAGGAGGAGGCGAUAGAGAAGAGGAGUCUCCGCUCGUGUGUGACCUUUCUCGAGCAGAUAGCCUCGCAGACCAGCGCUAUCAUGUUGGAGAUAUGUGCUGAGCAGUGCAAUCUCAAUGACCAGCUGCUGCCCAAACACUGUGUUGAAGCUAUCAGCGCAGCUCGCUACCGGAAGCAAAAGAAAGCCGUGCCCAAGAGAAGAGUCCAGAAGGAAAAACCAGGAGGCGAAAGCCUGAGAAAGGACCGCAUCAUAACAACCAACAUGGACAAGAUGCAUCUGAUGCUGACCGAGAUCUGCUCCUCCUAUAGCCUUUGCAGCGACAUACUGGUCUACGAGCACAUCAUCGUUCCCACCGAGUUCCUCUCUUCUCAUCUGGAAAUACGCCUGUCCGAGUAUGUCGAGUGGGAAAAGGCGGUGGGGAAAUACGUGAUCAUUGUGAGAAUGGCAAAUUACAACCAGACCACCCAGGAGAUCGCUCGGCCCACUGAGCUACUGGCGGGGGUGACCGCGUACGGCGCCAGCCUUCAGACCCUACCCAACUACGUGACCGUGGACAUGGCCCGGCUGCUGAAGAACGUCCUGCUGCAGCAGACGCAGCCUCUCGAUUCCCGGGGGGUGCCCACACUCACCAACUUUUACACCAACUGGUACCUGGAGAGCCUACUACGCCUGGCCAGCAACUCGCUGGUCGUGCACUGCCCAGCCAUGCACUGUUUUGUCAAUCAAAUAUCCGACAACAAUCCCGCCUUCAGAGCAGAAGAGUUCUCGGACAUAUCAGAGCUGCGAGCGCUGGCCGAGCUGCUGGGCCCGUACGGCCUCAAGUUCCUGAGCGAGAACCUCAUGUGGCACGUCACGUCGCAAGUCAGCGAGCUCAAGAAACUGGUGGUGGAGAACAUGGACGUCCUGGUGCAGAUGAGGAACAACUUUGAUAAGGCAGAAGAGAUGGCCAAUCUCAAGAGGAUGCUGACAGGAGGAGAGAACCUGCUGAAGAGGAUGACCAUCAUCGGAGUGAUCCUGUCCUUCAGAUGGAUGGCGCAGGACUGCCUGAAAGAGGUGCUGCAGAAGCAUUGCCCUUUCCUGAUGGGCCCCAUCGAAUCCCUGAAGGACUGCAUCUCUCCUGACACAGACAUCAAGGUGACACUUAGUGUCUUCGAGUUGGCCUCAGCUGCGGGAAUGAGCUGCGAUGUAGACCCGGCGCUCGUCUCCGCUAUCAGAAGCAUGCAGACAGAAAUAUAUGCAGAUAACACGUCCAUAGACACGGAGUACAAGCUGUCAUGCUUGCUGCUGGUCUUCAUCGCAGUGUCCUUGCCGAGCUUGGCCCUGGACCCCAACUCUUCCUACAGCCGAGAGCAUGGAGGCCACAACAACAACGUCCACUGUUUGGCGCUGGCCAUCAACCACGUGGCUGCCGCCAUGUUGACGGUACAGAACAAGAACAUAGAGCAGCAUCUCAAAGAGUUUCUCCUGCUGGCAUCUUCCGCUCUACUUCAGCUUGGAAAAAACGAGCAGAAAGCCGAGAGCAAAAACAGAGAGUCCGUCUACCUCCUCCUGCACAUGGUAAGGUCACACCGUUUCCACGAAAUGCUUCACGGCACGGUUUGGAAGGUUAAUUCCGCGACAAAAUUAAAGUUUAUCUCCACCUCCAGAGUGAGCUUCAUUCUUAUUGAGUUGCAUCUGUGAUGAAACAUCUACCAACAGGUGCAAAUAAAAUCACUAAUGCCACACUCAGUUCAGGUUUACUGUCAAACUAAUCAUAAAAACAAAGAGAAUUACAUGUUGUGUAGAGUGGAUUCAUAUAUUUAAAAUAUAUAUAUAUAUAUAUAUAUAUAUAUAUAUAUAUACACACACUCACACACACACAUGACUUGGUCUCGCAGGGGGGUCCACUGUACACAACAUGUAAUUCCCAUUGUUUUAUGUAAACAUAAACUGGGUGUGUCAUUAAACAGCUUGAAACCUAUUUUUUGAAGAAUUUUUCACUAUUUGCCAAACUGUAACUUAUUGUAAAGUGAGUUGAAUUGAGAUAAAUGCCACCAUACAGCGCUCGUAUCUCAACUUUGAACUCACAAAUGAAAGCAAAAAAUUCGUAUCUCGAAAAGCUCAUAAUUCGGGUCAGUCAUAUUUCAAGGCACUACUGUACUUGUACUUUUACUCAAGAAUCGCUGUCAGCUACUUUAUACGAGAUCACAAAACCACUUGUCAUCACUCAGUGUUGUAUCAUCCAGCGUUAGCGUGUAUAAAUGUGCUGCAGCUCGUUCCGGUACAAUUCUUAGUACCCAUCACGACACUUGCUAUUUGAACCCCACCCCCCCCCCCCCC